AUGAAGGAGAUCGAAGCUGCCUUCCCAAGCCACUCGUCGCUCCUCCCCCCUCCCUCCGAUACACAUGCUUCAGCGGCAGCAGAGCAGAUGAUGGGUCUGGAGAGGGGGUUGACUCGGGCGUGGCUCAAGUGGACCAAGGGAAAGGAUGCGAUGCGCUGGCUUGCCGGUGGUAGCGGGGCUGGAAGCAGCAAAACUGGGAGCAGCAGCAGCAGUGGUGAGGGUGCAGACAAUGAGGAGGAGAGAGAGGGGCGGAUGGAGUUUAAAGCGGCGAUGGAUGCCAUGGAAGCGGCACUGAUGAAGAGCGGAGGGCCUUACUUCCUUGGGAGAGAGGGACUUCCCACUUCUACUGAUUGUUUCUGCUGCACGUUCACCACAGCAUCCUUCACGUCCGUUCCGCAUCCACCCCCACCUCCCAAGCAGUUCUCCCUCGUCGACGUCACCCACGCGCCUCUCCUGGAGCGAUUCGUUGCCAGUGCGCCGUACUGGAAAGGCCUCACAGUUAGAAACAACCCUCGCUGGCCGGCCCUCUCCCGCUGGUACGAUGCCAUGGAUGCUCGACCCGCCUACCUCCCUCUCAAGUCCGAUGAUUUCUCCAUCACCCACUCCCUCGUGCCGCAAAUCGGGCCGGCUGGUAGCAUUCUGCUUCGGUCUUUGGGGGAUUCUGCACAUGCUUCUGCCGCCGCUACUGCUGGGGCUGCUGUUGGUGCCAUUGGUGCUGGUGCCACUCCUACCAGCAGCCAGACCCAAGUGGACCAAGCUGAACCACAGCAGCAGGCCAUCAUGGCGGAAUGCCUUGCGCCAGCCGUCAGCGAGGCGUUGCGCCACGUGGCGCAUGCACUGCUGGUCGGCACAGAAGCCGCAGGCCCCUUCCCUGCCAUGUCCCAGGCACUCCAAAAGCUAAGUGUUGGGAGCAGAAGUGAGGAUGUGAGGGCAGCAGGGGAAGAACGGUUGGUGAUGGCUCUUGCGUAUCUGAGGGAUAGAGUUGGGGUGCCAAGGGACUAG